AUGGGAAGGGCUCCUUGCUGUGAUAAAGCAAACGUCAAGAAAGGUCCAUGGUCUCCUGAAGAAGACGCCACACUCAAAGCUUAUAUCGACCAGUACGGCACUGGUGGCAACUGGAUAGCCCUGCCCCAGAAAAUAGGCCUCAAAAGAUGUGGGAAAAGCUGUCGUCUUAGAUGGCUCAACUAUCUUCGCCCAAACAUUAAACACGGUCGUUUCACAGAAGAAGAAGACAACAUAAUUUGCAGCCUCUAUGUUCGUAUCGGUAGCAGGUGGUCUAUUAUAGCAGCGCAAUUACCAGGGCGCACAGAUAAUGAUAUAAAGAACUACUGGAACACUAAGCUGAAGAAGAAGCUCCUAACCAAGCAAAGGAAAGAGCAACAGGCUCAAGCUCACCGAGUUUGUAGCCUAAAACAUGAGAUCAAGAGAGAAAACGAAAAUUUGGUGUUACCUUUCCAAGUUAUGAGCCAAAUUCCUUAUUGGUCUGCAGAGCAUUCCUUUAGCAUUCCAUUGGCAAAUGUUUCCAUCCAUGACUAUGAUCUCAACAAUCAAACAUCAUCAUCAUCAUCAUCCUUCAAAAAUAUGCCAUACACUAACGUAGCCACUGCCACCAUGAAUUCACAAUACUCAUGUGACCCAUCAAGCAUAUUUCAAGGGUUUGGGAACUUUUUUCCCAGUGAUUUGAGUGAGUUGGCCUGUGUGAGUCCGCAACAAGUAGAUGGAUCAAUGCAGGUCUUUCAUGGAUUGGAGGAGUCCUUUGACAUGGGUAAUGGUAGCACGAACACGACUUCAACAAAAAGCUCUAGUUGGGGAGAUAUUAGCUCUUUGAUUUACUCACCUCUGGUUUCUGAAAGUGAAGGUUGCCAACAAAGAUUGCCUCAACAUGUUACUUUCGAGGAGUGCAGGAACUUUGGUAUGCAAACACAAUAA